GUCUAUUCGCGUCCAAUCACGUCUCCGGAUCUCCAGCUUCUAACGGUCAAUCAGUGAGCGCUAUCUCCCGAAAUCGUCGCGCCGUCGAAUCACUUCGCGCAGUCUCUGCAAUUCGACAGCAAAUCAGUGGGUCCGUUCUCCCAGUUUUAUCUGACGUCGCCCCAAAAGAGACGCGUUCAGUUCAGCCAAUGACAAUGGGCGUCUUCACCGAGCGGCGCAUCCACCGGUGCCCUCCCCCCACCUUCCGCCGCUUGACUUUUUAUUUGACACCUUCUGAACUCCGACACUCUGAGGAUUUACACUCGAAAGGUAAGAUGUCGCCACUGCCAUUUCACUUAGUCAGACUGCUUGUACGCUUAUUUAUUACACCGAGAAACGGCUAUUACACCGUGUAUAACACGCCGUUCAUUCAUUCAUUCGCUGUUGAUAUCGCUAUAGUCAUUUCACUUAGUCAGACUGCUAACUUGUUAGCACAUUUACACGACAAAGGGGUAUGACGCUGGGUUUGACUUUUUAUUUGACACCUUCUGAACUCCGACACUCUGAGGAUUUACACUCGAAAGAUGGCUUCCAAAGACAAAAAACACAGAGCUAUGGGUGAUGAGGAGUGGAUGUCCCGUCUGCGAAGGUUUGCUGCUGUCGGGGUCUGGCCUGCUGAUGCAGGAAACCGGCCGGCACCACGCCAGAAAAAGUGGCACGAUCUGUUUCUGAAGAUUGAGAAAUGCCCAAUGCAGCUCAGGGGUCAAAGGUCGCUGUUUGGAGGGACACAGACAUGUAACUGUGGCUUCCAUAUAAAGAAGCCAUCAGUCUCUGUGUCCUCUUCGGUGACACCACAACCAGGACCCUCGUCUGGAUCCCCCUCCAUCACACCCUCGUCUGGAUCCCCCUCCAUCACACCUGGGCAACCACCACGCAAGCCCACUUUGACUUUGGCCUCAUUCACAAAACCACGGUUCGGUGGAUCGCAUGGUGCCCAUGCAAAGCCAAACUUGGCUUCAGCUGGGCAGCGUCGAAUCAAGACCACAACUGACACCCCGUCACCUGGCCACAGUCCCAGGCACUAUAUUCAGACUGUCUCUCCUCUGUCUCUUCCACCCUCUACCGUGUCGACAACCACCUCAGCUUCCUGUGUCACAUCGGCUGCUACUGGAGCUACAGUGUCAACUGCCAUAUCCUUGGAAACCUCCUCUGCUCCUCCGGCCCCUGUGGACUCUGUGUCCUAUGCCUGUGUUUCCUCUGCUGCAACCUCUGUGGCUGGUCCCUCGGCACAUCCUACCCCUGAUGCUGAGCCAUUGGCGGCGCAUAUGAUGUCUGCUGCUGCUGUUGCUGCUUCACAGCCUGGCUGGCUGCCUGCAAAGCUGAGGACAACUAUACCACCUCAGGACCAGAAAUGGAUAGCAGCAGCUCUGUGGAAGAACAAACGUUUGCGCUCCGACCUGAUGCUGUGGUAUAAUCCACCAUUACCAGCCAUCAUUUAUCACCAGGUCCCCGCUCCAGAGCGCUUUUUUACCCACCGGCUUCUCGUAUGGAUGCCGUACCACCUGUGGAAGGUGAGGCUGUCCUGUCCUGCCUGUCACAAACAACUCACAGGCUAUGGAGCCCACAAGAGAGCCCGCAGGGUUCUGGAUGUGGACAAUUACUACCUUAUGAUUACUGAGACACUGUGGUGCAAUGCAUGCAAGAUCGCCUACAUUUCCAGCAGCAAAACAAUAUUGGACCAGCUGGAGAUGCCGAUCAGGAUGGAGUUCACACCGAUCCUGACUCAAAGAUAUGCGUGUGACAUAAGGGUCAUUGUCUCUCUGAGGGAUAGGACCCAGGGUAACAGCCCCUCCCGAUUGGUCAGGCAGCUGAGGGAGAACCACAGUCGGGAGUGGAUUCGAUAUCUCAUCCGGUACUGUUCUAAAUGCAUACACUUUGCAGACCGGCAAUCCCUGCUCCCUGUCUUGUUCCAGGAGGUGCCAGAGCCGUCAGUUAUCCCCUCUCACAGGUGGAUGCUUACUGUUUAUGGCAGAGACAUUUUGAACAGGCUGGACCACAUCAAAGCGAGCAUUACUUGCACUUUUGGAAGUGUCCUAAAAAUGGACUCCACCAAAAAGAUCACCAAGAAGCUGUCAGGCUUUGCUAAGGGGACUGCCUUGUGGCUAACAUCUGUUAGCAAUGAGGUGGGCCAAAUCCUUAUCAGUGUCCUGACUGCUCAGGAGGGUCCAGCUCUGGACAACAUGGCAGCUGGUCUCAUCCACAGAUACAGCACUGCUGGUGUGGCCCCUCCAAAGCUACUGUACGUUGACACUGAAUGUUGUCGGGAGGGCUUGGUACAGACCAAAUUAAAACUGCGAUUUGGAGGGUGGCCAGACCUCAUUGUGAGGCUGGACAUUUACCACUUUAUGAGGCGGCUGGCAUCUGGCUGUACGAAGGAUGCUCAUCCCCUCUACCCCACCUUCAUGGCCAAAUUGUCCAGCUGCAUCUUUGAGUGGGACAGCAGAGACGUUGCAUUGCUGCGGCGAGCCAAGCGUGCCGAGCUGGUACAGGAAGGUGUACCGGGCAUUACCGACCGAAUGGUAGACCUCCACAUCACCAAGGCCGAACUGUCCAAGCACUGCAGAAGGCAGACAAGGGGAGAGCAGACGACAAUCACCUUGCUGGAAAGCCUGCUCGAUGAGCUGAUGGGGCCGAAGGGCAGCGACAAUCUUGGUGUCCCUCUGCUGGACAUGGAGAGGAUGAAGCACAUCUGGCGUGUCCAGAGGAAGCAUGUAAAGUGCAUUCAGGAUGUACCGGGUGUGCUUCUCUAUACCCAGACGGGCACCACCACCAAAGAGGGCAUUGUUCUGCCUAACUACAGGUGUGCUCGAGGGUCCACAUCCCUUGAGUCCUUCCACUUACAUGUGAACAGGUUCAUUCCAGGGACGAGUGCAAACAGCCUUAACUUCCAGCUGUACCUCCUGGAAGGACUUAAUCGAUGGAACCAGGACCGUCAAACUGCAUCCCUGGCAGCCAAUCCUUCCAGCCUGCUCAGUUACUCAGGGGACCUUGUUCACUGUGCCAACACCAUGUGUCUCAAGGUGCUUGGAAGGAAAGCUGUGCCCUCUUUUCAGCCCCCUGCUGUUUACACUGGGGAGCUAAUAGGUAUUGAUUACCUCUUCCGUCAGACUGGAAGGCCCCUGCAGGAUAUACAGCCUGACUCAGAGGAGGCCGAGCAGAUGCUGGAGGAUGUCUGCACUGAGGAACAGGGAGAUGAGGGCUUUGAGGAUGCUGUGUAUGACCCAACCGUUGAGCGGCUGGACCUGUCCUCAGAUCCGUCACCUACCAGCUCUUCAACUCCCUCUUCUCUCCACUCUACUGCUUCUCCUCCAAGGCCUGGAUGUAGCUCCACUGCAGCAGCAUCUGAGCAUCAUGUGAUUGAGUAUGAGGACACAGACAUGCCCCCUGUCCCAUCCGCCCCUCCUGCUGGUUCUCUUCUUUUAAGUUCCACCAGCCUUUCUGCGACUACUUCUCCUGCUGCAAGAAAUACUUCUGUAGCGCGACGGGCUUUGGAUUUUCUGCCCAGGGAGUUGCCUGGCCCAUCAGCCGUCACCGCCAGCUCAGCCUCCAUGCUUCCUCUUCCCACCACCCUCUCGCCCUCUGUCCCUACAGCCACAGUUUCCUCUGCAUCACAGCACACCACCCCAGCAGCACCUGCGCAACAUCUGGCAGUGGAUGAGCGUUGUAUUCCUGGAAUGGACCUCGUGGAUUGCCUGGCUGACUACUUGGUGGGGCUAAGACUUGAAACUGGCCUAACCCUCACCAACCUGCAGGCCAGUACAAUUAUAGCCCUGUGGCAGAACCUCCUGCCAUAUGAUCGCCAGCGGGUGGAGUAUGCUGCACGGCACAAGACUCGCCUGAUAACAGGACGCUUCAGGUGCUCCAAACAGAGGGCUGAAUUCACACCAGGUGUGGAGAGCACGACACGCUGUGUCUUAGGGUCAACAGGAUCCCCUGCACAGUGGCCAGACUGUUGUCGCCUGGUAGAGUCCAUCUUUAUCAAACUGUGCCGCCUCUAUAAGAGCCCUAAAAAACAGGGCUCUCAGGUUCUGACAAGAUGGACUCUCAUCAUGAACGAUUAUAUAAAAAUCAGGGAGCUGGUCCUAGGUAAUGGUGUGGUGAUGCAGGCUACUACACUGCAAUUGUUUGAGGUCAAUCAAACAACCCUCAUUCAGUGGCACAACAAGCGCCUGAAGAGGCAGGAUUGUAGUAUUCUGCUGCAAGGGGUUAAUUUGCCUCCCGCUAUCCCCAUUGCUCCGGUGCCUCUGCCACCUAUGCAGUCACGCCCCACUGCUGCACCCCCACAUCCUGGCCCCUACCAUCAAUACCACUUGCCAGAGAGUACAGUAGGAAAGGCAGUGGACAAGAGAAAAUCUGUUCGUCCAGCCCCACCAGUCUACUUGCCUCCAGCUAUUCAUGUUGCUCCUGUGCCUCUCCCACCAGUGCAGUCACGCCCCACUGCUGCACCCCCACAGCUUGGCCCCCAGCAUCGAUUCCACUUGCCACACACUUCUGCAAGAAAGGCAGCGGACAAGAGAACGUCUGCUCUUCCAGCCGAACACCCUCAUCCGCCAAAGGCUGUCUGCCCAGGAUUGCCUUCUCUUGUCACACAGCAGACACAUCCGCAUAGCUCUGCCCCUAUGCCUGUUGUACCCCCACCCAUCCCACCCUGUGGUACAUUCGUUUUUUUGCCCCCACAAGUCCCUGCACUGAGGUUGCUUGCUCCCGCUGGCCCCCUCCCGCCCCCAUCUCCUGCCCGAAGAAAGUACAUUCGGACAACAGAAACAAUAAAAUGCGGUCAGUGUCAUCAGCCCCGGGUUCAGGAAAAUGGCCAUCGCCAAUAUUAUGGCUCUGUAUACUGUCCUGUUACAACUGGCAUGCCACAUGACCAGUGGCUGGAGGACAUGCGGAGGAAGAGGGGGGCAAAGAAAUGAUGCCAUUCUGUAAAUAGUGUAAAUAAUGUAUGUAUAUAGUUUUAAAAGACAGUGUUAUUGCGACAGUCAAGUACUUUUUAUCCUCUAUUGCUUAUUGGUUUUCUCUUUUUUUGUAUGUUUAUUAGCCAAUACAUGAGGAUCUCUUUCAUUCUUUGUAUUUUCAUUGUGUUUUUAUUACCUCCAACAAAGACGUAAUUUUUCACUCUUGUCUGUAUCUUGGUCCAUUUAUUUCAUUCAUUCAAUCGUUGUUACUGUUGUUUGUGGUUCUCUUUAUAAAGAUAUCCUGUAUUUUUUUAAUAAAUGUAUAUACUUUUUCUACAAAACUAUCUUGUUUAUUUUUCCCAAUGCACUAUGCAAGCAUUAUAAAUAUUACCAGCAUUACAAGCAGUACAAACCCGCUGUUUGAACAUUUCACCAAUAUAAAGUAACUAAGUGACAUUUAAGAGAUUCAUACCAAUAGGUAACAGUUUGGGUAAAUAGACACAUGCUGCUGCCGGGAAUCGAACCAGGUACCCUUGGAUCCACAGCUGCUUAUGCCAUACUCAAACAAAGUCUAUUUUUGGUCAUAUUACUCUAAUUAAUACGAUAACCUACGCAUCCUACAACAUCUGACAGGCAACAGGUUCAGUUUCAAUUCCCUGUUCUUUCCAUUUCCUCUCUUUUUCCUCUCUCUUUUCUUCCCCUCUUCUUC